AUGUCUUCACCUUUUACUUCCAACGGCAUCGAUACUUCUUCAGAUGUCCUAACUCCUACCACGCCUCUUCAUAUCUCGACCCUUCCUGUCAGUUCAGCUGCUGCGAGAUCGAUUCUCGAAGUUGUCAUGUCUACUCGCGGAAGCGCUGAACGUGACCCCGUGUCAAUCCCUUUAACUGCCCACCCGGGUGUCAAGGAAGGCAAAGACCAGUGCAUGAAGUGUGGCAUGAUUGGGCACCGUACUUAUCAAUGCGCUGAAUAUUCAACUUCCGCCGAAUCGAUCCCAGACUGGCGCCGUACAACUAACGGUAAGAUCUACAGUGUCAAGGCAUUACUCGGUAUGCAUCCUUACUGCAAGUGGACUAUGGACACGGUAUUGGAAGAUUCCUCGAGUCGAAACCUUGAUGAUAAUAGCCCAUCGGCCACACCCACCCCUGUCCCUACGAGUGUCGCAUCCAAGGCUUCAAAUGACGAAUCGACCAACUUGACUUCGAAUGACAAUUCGACCAAUUUGCCUGCAAACGAAGAUACGACCAAUUUAAAUAUUGAAGCCAUGUAUUUCGAAAUCGGUCGUUCAGUCACUUCCGCAUGGACCGAGGGGAUUGAUAUCAGUCCUCCAUCCCCCACCCCUCCGGCUACCUUGUCUUCACCAUCUGCGGUGGUGAAUCCAAGACAAGAUUCUCGAUCGAAGGGAAAAGGAUCUCUCCACCAAGCUUUCAAUCCUUUGGUGACCCCAUGGAACGAUUGGUACGAAAUUUGGAAUCGGAUCCCCAAGCACCAGCAAUGCUGCUGCUGCCGCGGCCAUAAGCAAACGUGUCACAGGUCUGAACCAUAUAGCCGUAACCGUCGGGCGGGAUCCUGUCCUAUGGAGGAGUCUUGA